AUGAUGAAUCUCAACUCCGGAUCAGCAAUAAAGCUAAGAUCAGCCGUGGGGUCCUUGACCUGUGAUAUACAAGUGAAGGGUACAGAGCAUGAUACCCUCAGUUAUGUGCGCUACGAUAGCAAUAGCCCUGCGUUCGUGUCAUUCAACACAACCACUACUGCUUCAUACAACGGAACAGGCAGCUUCUCGAUCACUGCUUUCUGCCAGGGACAGCCAGGUGGUCCAUGGCCAGCUCUAAAUCUCGGCUUCAACAACGUCAGACUACUAGCUGCUUACGACCCCACCGAAGUUGGAGCAGCUCUGACUUGUGGCUUCAAACAAGCCAGAGACACGAUUCAAUCUGCUACCCUCCAGCCUUAUUGUUCAUCACUCCUGUCUUACAGCACGCCAACAACUACCUUGACUGAAGUCAUAAGUACCACUUUGACUUUGACACAGACUGUGAACAUGGCUAGACGGAAGAGAAGUAUCAUCACUCCCGCACCGAAAGCUGUGCCCGACAUCCUGAGACCUCGACAACUCGAUGUCCCAGCAAACUCCACAAUGCCAACAUCGAGCACGAUCGACGGAGCCCCGAGCGCCCUUGCCACCUUUGCACCCCAAGAUGUCACCAACGCAUGCAGUGUAGAAGCCUCCGCGGUAUCCACAACAGUGACAGAAACAAGCUCUACCACCACGACCCUCACAGCCUACGCGACCGAGACCAAACUACCAUCCCUCUUCAUCCUCGCUUCUUCUGGAAACAGAGGCUUGUUCAUCAGUCGCGACGACUCCGGCGCCGUCAAGUUCACCUCCGACUCCAACGCCGCCCUUCCCUUCUACGUCGACGAUAGCAGAACUCUCCACUCAUGGCACGAUCCUAGCUAUACACUCGUCGACCGCUACGAACCCAACUCGGGCACAGCAGACAACAGAAUUUACAUCGAAGCCCCUUCCUCGGCAUCAUACCCAUUGACUUGCGGUACCAAAGGUCGCACAGCUGGAAGCUAUUUUGUCAAUUGCCAGAGCAGUGGACCGCCGAAUGGAAAUCCUGUCGUUUACGGAUUUGGAUGGUGUCCUUCAACGCAAGGUUUGUAUAUGAUACCCAAUAAUUCUAACGUGAGGUGUGGAGGUGGAUAUGCGUUUUUGGCGUUGUAUUUGGUCGCUUAUACGGGAAGCCCUUGA